AUGGGCCUGUUCUUCGAAACAUUACCCCCUUCGCUCCUCCCGUGGCUUCUGGAGCAAAAGGUCUUUUACAUCGCCUCGGCCCCUUUAUCGGGCGACGGACACGUCAAUGUCUCCCCCAAGGGCGUCUCGGACAAGGGCGGCCCCUUCUUCGGCGUCAUCAAGGAACCCAAGAACGGCCCAGUGGUCGGUGCGGCGCGCGGUGAUGGCACUGACAACGCCAAUGGCAACGACGAGGAGAAAUCGGCAAACGACAACGACAAGAACGUCGUCAUCCGCAAGUUCUGGUACAUGGACCUGACGGGCUCGGGCAUCGAGACGACCUCGCAUCUGCACGAACCGGGCAACGGGCGCAUCACCGUCAUGUUCAAUGCGUUUUCGGGUCCGCCGCGGAUUCUGAGACUUUGGGGUAAAGGCACACCCCUGGAAUACGGCACGCCCGCAUUCAAUGAGAUCGUCGCUUCACAAAAAAUCACAAUCAUCCCCGGCACCCGCUCCAUCAUCUUGGUCGACAUCCACCAGGUCGGCACGUCGUGCGGCUUCUCCAUGCCGUGCUACGAGUUUGUCAGCUUCCGCCCGACACUCAACGACUUUUUCGAGAAGCGCGUCGCAAACGAAAAGGCUGGGAAGAGGGAAGAUGGGAUUGAGAGGUACUGGGCGCACAAAAACGCGUGGAGCAUGGACGGCCUGCCGGGCAUGCAGCGCGGCGUCAAGACCGCCGUGGCCGAGGACGUGAAGCCGAUCAAGAAAAUGGUCGGUCCGUACGCGCCGGGGUCGGUGGGAAGGUCGCAGAGGCCGGCUGGCGCGUUCACCCCGGGCCAUCUGAUCCUCGUGGCCAUCCUGAGUUCCCUGACGACCGCCAUCGUCCUUCUGAUUCUGUCGAGAGUCGGGAAUGUCAAGGUGCUGGUGGGGAGAGGGGUUUGGACAUGA